AUGCCUAUCCGAAGCAUCUGGCGCCAUGCCCUUCAAGGAGAACUGCAACUGAUCAUUGGGCCCAUGUUCAGUGGCAAAAGCACAGAACUCAUUCGCCGCAUGCGCCGAUACCAGCACGCCCAACUCAAGUGCAUGGUCGUGAAAUCCAAGAUCGACGAUCGCUACACGAAUGACUCGUUGGUGAGCACGCACGACCGACAAAUGAUGAAGGCGAAUCCCCUGACGCGCCUCGAAGACAUGGGGGACGAGUUCAUGAAGUACGACGUGAUCGGCAUCGACGAAGGCCAAUUCUUCACUGAUCUGCAUUCGUUCUGCGAUGACGCGGCCAACCGGGGAAAGAUCGUCAUUGUCGCUGCCUUGGACGGGACCUUUGAGCGCAAGCCAUUUCAACAUGUGUGCGAUUUGAUUCCUCGCGCCGAAAGUGUGACCAAAUUAAGCGCCGUGUGCGCCAUUUGCGGCAGCGAUGCCGCGUUCACGCGGCGCUUGGUCAGCUCCACCGCGGUCGAGUUGGUUGGGGGAAGUGAAAGCUAUCAACCCGUGUGCCGCAACUGCUUUACGACCCCCUUGGUGACUGGCGAGGAAGAACAAGUGAAUUAA